UUGGUAGGAAUAGCCAAUUAGGCACUCACUUUGGUCGGUAACAGCGUCUGAUUGGGUAAAACUGUUGCAAUUCCUAUAUCCGAAGAAUUGAUGAUAAAUGCACUUAGGUUAUGUUAACCAUGGUGCCUGUUUUGACGUGAUGCGCGUGAUUCCAACACAUCGGACGAGGAGAAGCGGACUCUCCUCGUCGACGUCCCGUCGUAAUGCUACAGCUGACCAAACUCGUGCCUAAGGUUAUCCGCGGAUUUGUACAAUGUGCGUGCAUUACGUAUUGCGUGCACAAGUACAUAGGAGACAUCGUCGUGUGCAGUGGUCCAUCCAUGGAACCUACAUUAUACACUAACGACGUAUUACUUCUGGAACGAAUAUCACUUAGAUUACAGAGGCUCGAGAAAGGAGAUAUUGUUAUUUCCAAGUGUCCUAACAAUCCGGAACAGAAUAUAUGCAAGCGAAUUGUGGGCCUGCCUGGUGACAAGAUAAGAAAUGGUUUCACUGUAACCACGAUACCUUACGGACACGUUUGGUUAGAAGGCGACAAUAGGAAUAAUUCUACAGACUCACGGAUAUAUGGACCAGUACCUCAGGGAUUGUUACGCGGACGAGCUUUAUGUAAAAUACUUCCGUUGAGAGAUAUAACUAUGUUUACAACUAAAUAUGCAACCUAAAUUAUUUUUCACAUAAAGUAGAUUUUAUAAUAAUUGAGAAUCGUAAGAAUAUUCAUUCAACUAUACUUUAAUUAAAUUUAAUUUAAAAAAGUAAAAGUUUCCUUUUAUAUUAUUAAUACGUAGAGAUAGAGAGAGAUGAUUGAAAAGCUGGAAAAGGUAUUAUAUUGUUCAUAUAACAAAUGAAACGAAAACCUUAUACAGAUUUGUGUGUUUUUAUUCUUCCAGAAACGCAUAAGUCUAUACUUUUUUCACUUACCGAUGUUAAUUAUGUAUUUUACUCUUCUGAUUUUUCCCCCGCAUUGUGUAUAUGAGUAUAAGAUGUUAAUUUUAAGGUUAUAAUGUAAAUUCAAAUCUACUUCAUGGAUUAUUUUAUGUUAUGUUUACACGAAUCUCUCAUGUAGGCAAUACAAGUAAUGUAAAUUAAAAAUUGGAUAAUGCAAAAAGAUUGGACAAUACAAAAAGAAUAAAUUAUAAGAUUGUUAAUAA